GUGCUCCCAAGUGUGUGCUUGCUUAUUUGCCUGCCAGCAAGCACAUGCAUGCACGCUCGCGCGCACACACACACACACACACACCUCUAUUCGCUGUUCUCCCAAUGCAGCAGCUGGUAGGAGUCAAAGAGGAAGCCAGCAGGCAGGCAUCAGACCCCUGGUAAAGCCGAGUGGGACUGAUGGAGUGUGCAGUGCAUUCUUGCAUCAGGUGCUACUGCACAGAGCAUCAGCCCUCAGCCUGUGAAGCAGUUCCACAUUAUAAUCAAGGGCAUCAUCCCCAGGAGUCAUCCCUUGUUGUUGAACAACGUCUAUGCCUGCUACUGUGACAUGGGGGCUCAGACACCCCAAUGGAUGACUUAGACAGAAAAGCAAAGCCUGUGAGGACUUCAUCUGCAGCUGUGACACCCCAAGCCACCAUCUACUUCUCCAAGGCUCCAUACAACAAGCAGUACAGAGGCAUUCACUGUUAGUCUGUCACCUCAGUUACUGCCUACACCACCCCUGCCUGCCUGGUUGUGUUCACUACACACUGUACCCUCUAAUACAGAACCUAUAGAAAGAACUGAGCUUUAGUAAAUGUAUUCUCUGUCUACCAAACAUAACUAUAUCUUCAGAGAACAUCUUUCAUUUAGCCCUGCAAGCUGAAUAUUAAUAGGAAAGACACUGCCAUAAAGAGAGGUCCUUGAAGAGUGGGUGAUAAACCCCGCCAAGCCUUUCAUGCCAGCACACCGGGGUGGAGAGGAAGAGACCAAGUCAGGCAGAUCUCUUGAGUUCAAGGCCAACAUGAUCUAAAAACACUGAUUCAGGCUCUGCCACCAUCUACAGUAGUUCCGCCAUUUGGAACUGUCUGUGAGUGUGGACACAUUCUACUCCUGUGCUACACACACAGUAGUCACAGGCCCCGUGUACUGACUGGACACUGUCAGAGCACAGCUACAGGAGUAUAAAAGGAAAAGUCACCUGAGUCCUCCCCUCACUCAAGAUGAAACUCCUUCUGCUGGUCACUCUGCUCACAGGCGCUACUGCACACAGCGUCAGCCCUCGGGCUGUGUGGCAGUUCGGCAAUGUAUUUGUGUGCAUCUUUCCUCUGUCUGGUCCCUUCGAGCAGCGCAUCAACUAUGGCUGUUACUGUAGCUUUUUCAGCCCGGACCUGUUGCUGGAAGACUUAGACAGGUGCUGCAGGGCUCGGGACAAGUGCCUCGCUCAGGUAGAUUAUCUGGGAAACUGUGGAAUGCUCAUAAGAAACCCCUACACCACCUCCUACUCAUACUCCUGCUCUGGGACUGCGGUCACCUGCAGUGACAAAAACAACCCUUGUGAGGCCUUCAUCUGCAACUGUGACCGCCAAGCUGGCAUCUGCUUCUCCAAGACUCCAUACACCGAUCAGUUCAAAGGCAAUCACUGUUAGUCUGUCACCUCAGUUACUGCCUACACCAUCCCUGCCUGCCUGGUUUUGUUCACUACACACUGUGCCCUCUAAUAAAGAACCUAUAGAAAGAA